AUGGAUUCUAAACAAGAUGACUUCACAGAUUCCGUGGCAAUUGAAGACGUACGAGACCUCAAUGCAGCACAAGGCGACUUAAAAGUCAAAGCCGUGAUUGACCAGGAAAACCAAGCGAUUUACCUGGAAGCGCUCCAAAGAUAUCCUGAAAAUGAUUCUAUUGACCGGGAUGCGGAGAAGCGUCUCGUCCGGAAGCUCGACAUGCGCAUUAUUCCUGUCCUAGGUAUAUGCUAUUUCUUCUACUAUGUCGAUAAAACAACCCUUUCAUAUGCAGCAAUUUUCGGAAUCAAGGAUUCUCUGCACCUUCAAGGUGCAGAAUAUUCUUGGCUGUCAAGCAUAUUCUACUUUGGUUGGCUUGCCUGGGCUAUCCCUUCAAACUUGCUCAUGCAAAAGUCACCUCCCGCAUAUUAUCUGAGUUUCAAUAUCUUCAUGUGGGGUGCAUUAUUGAUGUGCCAAGCCGCUUCCAAGAACUUUGAGGCCCUUGCCGCUCUUCGAGUACUCUCGGGUGCAUUCGAGGCCAUCGCAGACCCGGCUUUUAUGCUUUAUAUCUCGACCUACUAUACCAGAGAGGAACAACCAUGGAGAAUAGCGGGCUACUAUCUCUGGAACGGUAUUGGUGUGGCUGGGGGUGGUCUGAUCGGCUACGGAAUCGGUAAUAUCAAGGGCGCCCUCGACUCCUGGCGCUAUGAAUUCAUCAUUGUUGGGGCAGUGUGCUCAGCGUGGGGUAUUGUUCUUGCCUUCCUGCUCCCUAACUCGCCUACCUCCUACCGGGGCUUCACACAUGAAGAGAAGCUCAUAAUGAUUGCUCGUCUGCGGCAAAAUCAGACUGGGUCAGAGCAGCGACGAAUUAAGUGGUCUCAAAUCAGAGAGGCAUACUUGGAUUAUAAAAUGUGGUUAUUCUUUCUACUUGGAUUCGUUGCCAAUAUCCCGAACGGCGGCAUAUCUAAUUUCUCGACACUGGUUAUCCAAGGUCUUGGGUUCAAUACACUCAACACGGCCUUGCUCGGAAUACCGCAGGGUGUCAUAGUGGUGAUCUGGAUUGUUCUAGGAGCGGUGAUCAAUCAAUACCUUCCGAAGAACAGCCGCACUUGGGUUUCGGCUCUGUUCAUGCUUCCAACUAUUGCAGGUGGCCUUGGAUUCCUUCUUGCCCCGGACGAUGCUUACGUUGCCCGGUUGAUUUGCUUCUAUCUCACUGGCUCAUAUCAGGCCUCUUUCGUGAUAUCUCUUUCAAUUGUCACAUCAAACAUUGGUGGCCAGUCAAAGAAGAUGAUUGUUUCCGGCAUGAUAUGGUUCGGUGUUUGUGUUGGUAAUAUUGCUGGUCCUUUCUUCUACAAGUCUGAACAAGCACCAACAUAUCGCCUGGGUAUCGGAUCUUUGUUGGUCUCAAAUUGCAUUGAGCUUGUUUUGUUUUUUGUGAUCCGCUACACCUUUAUCUGGGAAAAUAAGCGGAAGGAACAAUGGCGACAGACAUUGCGAGAGCAAGGAAGGGAGGACGAGUUGACUUUGAACGCAACAGCUUUUGCUGAUUUAACCGAUAAGGAGAACCCAAACUUUGAGUAUGUUUACUAA